AUGCCCGAAAUCGAAGAUCCAACACAGCGUUUCGUUUCCGUCGUCAAAUUUUACUUGAGCGGCUGGCAUAUCAAACCACCGGGCGUGAAGAAACCUCUCAAUCCGAUUCUUGGCGAAACAUUUACCUGUUAUUGGGACUAUCCGGAUCAUACUCGAGGAUACUACAUAUCAGAGCAAACAUCACAUCACCCUCCAAAGUCCAGCUAUUUCUUCAUGGCACCUGAACACAACAUACGGAUAGAUGGGGCAUUGAAGCCGAGAAGUAAAUUCUUGGGCAACUCAGCUGCAAGUUUGAUGGAGGGCGUAGGUGUUCUACGGUUCAUGAACCGGGGCAGAACACAAGGCGGAGAGAGAUAG